AUGGUCACUUCCGACCACGACGAGAGAGCGCCUCUGCUGUCACAGCAUGCCGAGCCCAGCAAUGGUGGGGCCAACCGACGAUCUGCAUCGCGAGAUGAUGACGACGAUCUCGACUUUGACGCAAGGUUCCGCAAAUGGAAGGCUGCCGUCGCUCGCAAGUUCAGAGGCAAAUCGCUGCGCGACACCAAGCCAGCUCUGCUUAUCACUCAAUUCGAUGGGCUAGGCCGGGCUCGAUCCAUCCUUGACGCCAAGCGUACAGGAUCUCAAAGCAGUACGCUUAAGGAAGCCACGACGAUGACAUCGCAGGAAUUCCAGGAUCAAGUAGAGCAGGUCAAGCGUGCUAUCGAGCAAGGCAUAUAUCCAAAGAUGAUCACCACCGGAUCUAGCGGCUCCUAUUUCGCCCGUGUCAUCAAGGCGGAGACAGAAUCAGAAGGCACUGCCAGCUCAUCUGCUCCGUCAAAGCAGCCCUCUCUCGCCACAGUGGCUGUAUUCAAGCCCAAAGACGAGGAGCCGUAUGGCAACCUCAACCCCAAGCGACAGUUCUUGCGCAAGUACCUGUGGUGGGCUAUGGGCAGACCCUGUCUCAUUCCCAACUUUUCGUAUCUCUCUGAAGUCGGCGCAUCUUACCUCGACGCUCGGUUGGCAUUACGGAUGGUCCCUCGAACCGAGCUUGUAGAGCUGUCGUCUCCUACCUUCCACUACGCCUACCACGAUCGCACCGCUUUCGACAAGGAUGGCGUCCCACUUCCCAACAAGAUCGGUAGCUACCAGACGUUCCUGAAGGGCUUUGUCAACGCCUCAGAUUUUCUCAGAAGACAUCCUUGGCCAUCGCAUACCCGCAGCAAAGCAAUGCUCAUGCGCGACAUGGAUGAUGAAAGCCAGGCGCACAAGGUCAGUCGGAAGAAGGAGCGGGCUCGCCUGCGCAAUUGCGGAGUGGCUGUCAAGCGUCUUUUACUCUGCCGGCCUUCUUGGGACGACCUGUACGCCGAUGACGAGCCGGACCUGUGUCAUCCUUCUCCUUCCGCCAAUUCACCGGUACUCGGCCAAGCCUCCCCGACGGAUCAGCCCGAUGCCUUCUACUGGACACCCAAACGCAUGGAGCAGUUCCGACUUCAGCUCGAGAAACUCGUCGUCCUCGACUUUCUCAUGCGCAACACCGACCGCGGUCUCGACAACUUCAUGAUCAAGCACGACGUAGAGAACGACGAGAUCAAGGUCGGCGCCAUCGACAAUUCGCUCUCCUUCCCCAUCAAGCAUCCGAACGAGAUCCGACAGUACCCGUUCGGCUGGCUCUUCCUUCCCAGUGAUCUCAUCGGUCUUCCCUUCUCCGACGAGACGCGCAACCAUCUCCUGCCGAUUCUCAACGAUCCUGUCUGGUGGCAGCACACCGUUCAGGGGUUGCGAGAGAUCUUCGCACAAGACCCCUACUUUGACGAGUCAAAGUUCGAGCGGCAAAUGAGCGUUAUGCGUGGUCAAGGCUGGAAUCUGGUGCAGUGCUUGCAGGACCCGGACGAGGGGCCGCUCGACUUGUGCGCCCGGGAAAAGAAGCUCAUCCGCCAAGAAGUGCAGGAGUUGGCGGUGGACAAGCUGGACAAACUAGACGGUCUCAAGGUGGCCCUUGAUGCGGAAGGCAAUGUGCUGCCGGUGUCGAAUGCGUCUCGAGCGUCGGCUGCUGAGACGCUCGCGGUACCGAAACCGCCCAUCUCCCGCGCCAUAUCCUCUGGGCUGAUCGUGACGGAUAGGAGGCCGAUUGGGACACGAGCUUCCGAGUCGUACAGGAGGGCGCUGCUGCAAGCGGCUGGAGCAGGUGGCGAAGUUGACGUGGACGAGGAGUUUGAGAACGAGCUGUCCGCUGACAGUCUACCGGCGGCAGCAGCUCCUGUCUCUUCUUCGCUCCCGCAUACCUCGACACUGGAGGGCCGUAUGCAAGCGGAAAGCGCGACGCAAGACGCACAACAGCCGCAGUCGAGUACCACCAAAUCCGCCAGACCCUCCCGACAUCAGCGCUUCCUGUCGGCUCAGGACGCCGGCACCUUCCCUCGUCGGCAACGCGACCUGUCUGCCAGCACUUCCACCCGCGGCAACCGGGAUAGCAUCAUCGGUCGGACCGGCAUUGAGGUGCUCGAGGGCCUCGAUCGCGAGCGCAAGCAACAAAACAAGCUCCACUUCUUCCGUCGCAAGCGCUCGAGUACCAUCUCUAACGGCAAUAUACCCAACCACGCUGCCGUCGUUCCAAGCAUCGGGGGAGGGCAACCAGGCUCCAAGGACGCCGUGACGGACAACGACAGGUCGUACGACCUGUCCAGCUCGAUUGUGUCGGAUCCGGGGGCGAGAGUGGACGGUGGACGCUGGCAGCGAUCCAAAUCGACUUCAAGACCGGCUCCAGAGGGGAUGUACGGCUCGCUGUACGACUUGUCAAGUCAGGAAGUGCUCUCAGAAGAAGAGGAGGAGGAAGACCAGCCGCGGCAGAGCAGAGAUGCGACCCCUUCCCUCACUCGAGCCUCCCGCCAGCCAGUGCCGAACAUUCAAACCGUCCUCCAGGCGCACGACGCCAAGACGGCGCCAGACAACGAAGAAGAAUCCAGCCCCAACGCUUUCACCCCUCACAUCCCGCAUUCGAACGCAAUCGGUCCCUCCGUAGACGAGAACAACACCGGCCAUCGCGAUCCCUCCAAUCGAACCGUCAAGGUCAUCAUCGAAAAAAUCUCGUCCGAUACCAAACAGGCGUGGCUCAAAUGGAUCUGA